AACGGUGACGUCAUCAGCUCCCUCUUAAAUGGGCCAAAAGGAGGCGGGGCAUGUGACGGCUGAGGAUCAGGCUGCAUUGUACUGGCUGUGCGGGGUCCCGUCUAUGCAGCAAAGAUGUCGCACACUUCCCAGAAGCAUCGGGACUUUGUGUCUGAGCCUAUGGGCGAUAAACCAGUCACAGCACUGGCCGGUAUUGGAGAAGUUCUUGGCGGCAAAUUGGAAGAACAAGGAUUUGAUAAGGCUUAUGUGCUUCUGGGACAGUUUCUUGUGUUAAAAAAGGAUGCAGACGACCUCUUUAAAGACUGGUUGAAAGAUUCAUGUGGAGCGAAUUCCCGUCAACAAGAGUUAUGUUCAUCUUGUCUGAAAGAAUGGUGUUCAUCCUUCCUCUGAAGCUCUUCAACUUUAAAGUUCCAUAUUUUAUUGACCUUCAGUUUUACAUUCCAUUCGAUUAGAUUAUGUUUACUAAAUUGUUUGCUAAGGAAUAAAGGUUUAAGAUAAAAUUACCUCUGUGCAGCCUUUACACCAUGUCACUAGCUUUCCCAACUAUAUUGUACAUCAUCCAUUGACCAACAAGAAGGUGUGUACAUAACAAAAAAAAAAGGCUUCUCUUAAAGCGGAAAGAGUCUGCAUUAAAAAGCAGGACCUUUGGUAAAUUCAGACCAUGACCUUCUGUUCCAUUGGAUUAUAAUGACUUUAUUCUGGCUGCAUCUUCCUGACCCAGUAUAGUUUAUGCAAGGGCUGAGUGGGGAAAGCUCCCAUCCUAUAAGGCAAAGUGUGUCUGUUUCAGAAUUACUUUAGUAAGCGGAAUGGCUGCACAAGGGGGUAAAAAUAUAAAUCACUCAUAUCUGGGAGGGACAGGCAGAGCAUUUCUAUAGAGCUGCAACAAGCUGAAUGCCAGGAAUUCAGCUACUUUGUAAAAUGUGCUGGAUAUGUAGGGGGUUAAAUCAAUGAGGUGCAUGCUACCCUGUGGGCAUCUCUUUAAUUUUCAGUUUACAUUUAUUCUGAGUGCCAUAAGCAUUGCUAUGCUUCUGGUACUUUGACGUUGGACUCUUAAGAAUGCAGUUGCAUGUAGCUGCUGUGCCUGCCUCACCCCUCCCCUUUGUGCUUUGUGUUCUCUUUGACAGAAUACAUAGGCUUCUUGGAUUGAACAGUGGAGGGGGAAGGGCAGACAUGUGUGCAAGAAGAGUGUCUCUCCUGUCAGAGCCCUGGGAGUAUUGUGAUAGCUGCACUUCCGUAGCUCUGGAAAACUGUUGUAUGUAAUUUAAAGUGAUACAGGAGGUGGCAUGCACCUUGUUGGAUUUAAUUCGGUAUGCCAGCACAUUUUAUAAAGUGUCUGAAUUCCUGGAGUUUGACUUUUUAUAUAAAAACGGUUGAAAUCUUGUAUUGGGAUUAGUUUUUCUCCCUUAACCUUUAAAAAAGGACUCGAGGAACAAUUGUCACUUGUUUUAAAUGCAUUUUAGUAAGUGGAACUCCCAAUUUUGUCUUGAUAACUAAUCUAUUAUUAGAUAUCUCUGUAUUAAUUUCCUCUAUUCCAUCUUUUGAAAUGUUCCUCUGCAUGUAUGUUAAACAAAAAUAAAUAAAUAAAUGCACAGCUUUCCUUCUCAAA